AUGGAGAAUCCGAAGCAAUCAGAACGUGUGGGCAGUGCGGAAGGAAGAAGAUGGCAGAUCCGGUUAAACGCCGAUCGACCGCCGAGGACACCGCCAAUCCAUGAUCCACCUGGGCUCUUGUCUCACAGCACGCUUCUCCAGGUCCCUUCCACCUUCGCCAGUCACAGGCAUAUGGACCCUCCAAGAAACCGGAAGCAGCGUCGCGCUGCUGCGGCGGCACAUCCUUCGAUCUCACAGGAUCCUGAUAUCCCUCUCGCCCACCCAGAACGGGGUCCACCCGCAAAGAAAGAUGGGGAACGCACGUUAUAUGACAUCAUUGCAGAGCGCCAGAAUGAGCUGCUCAGACAGGCUGAAGGCUUGAACAGAGCAUCAGGAUCUACAGCGGCAAAGAGAACUUCCUUAGAAUCAAAUGAAACGCGCUUUGUGACCAUUGACGCGUCGGGGAGACUCGUGGACAAGAAUGACGAUAUUAGCCAAGCCCCCAUGAAAAUGGGCACAGCGACGGACACAACUCGCAAUGCACAAUCAAACGCUACCGACGAAGAUUUCAAACCCGACACCGAUAACCCUCUACCACCCUUUCUCGAUACCAUCCUCCUCUCCGUUCCCCUUGCGACCCUCCACGGCACCCUUGCCUUCCUGGCAGCGCACCAAUACGCCGAAUCAACAAACAUUCCCGCCCUUAUUAAAGAAUCCCUCUUCAAAACGUUACCGCUUCUCACAUUACUCGUACACUUCCUUCAUGGCCACAUUGUCAACUUCAAGUUGCGCAACUAUCUGAGUUUCCUGGCUGCACAGCCGGUCUAUAUCCUUCCGUUGACACGAGACAAGCUCAGCUUCUCGUUCCUGCGCAGCCUCUUCUUCCCGCCUACUCUCCGUACUAUUCUCCUGCUUCCGGUUGCGGUGCUACUAGGUGCUCAUCUUAUUACAAUCACCAAUGGGGAGCCAUAUUACGCCGUGAUGAAAAAGGCGCCUGCUUAUGGGACAAUGUGGAUUUGGUGCAUCUUGGAGAUGUCAUUUGGGCCCGCUGUGCUAGGCGCUCUAGGCCCUUUGGCUUGGGGUGUCUGGUGGAUGGGGUAUGGCAUUAUUUAA